GGAGAGAAGAGGAGGGUAGUGGUGGUUGUUGUUGUUGUUGUUGUUGGGGGGCAACCGACUCCGGUGCCGGAAGGGAAAGGCGGAGGAUAUUUUUUUUCACAUUCCUUCCUUCCUUCCUUCGAAAUCUAUAUUUAUAGAUAUAUUUAUUGUGUCUGUAAACCGUCAAAAUUUAAAAUUCGAUUUUUUAAAAAAAAACGGCCGCACAGAGAGAGAGAGAGAGAGAGAGCGCGAGGCCGCGCGCGGCAGCCGUGCAACCGGCAAGGCAAAUUACUCAAAAAAGAUUCAUCCCCAUGAAACACUACAAGAAUGGCAGAUUCCACUGAUGAGAAACAAAAUUGUGAGUCGCCAGGACCCAGCAGCAGUGGGAUUGGAUUUGAUAUGGGCGUAAGAGAAAUCAAAACUGCAGAAGAGUCAAAAGACGUAACUGAAGCCUGCCCGGCUGGAGUGUCAAUGCAGCUGUGGAAAAAAUUCCAGGAAUUGAGGGAAAGAAAGAAUUCCAUAACCAAAACCUCAUUUAGAAAGCGAGUUCGAGGAAAACGAAAAGCUGGAGAUAGAGAUGUCGCUACAAGUGCAGGAGAGAGCAGGGAGGAUUCCUCUGCCAAGGUGCAGAAAUCUGAGCCAGGAAAGGAGACCGAUAACAAAAGCAAGGUGACUGCACAAGAGGCCCAUUGGAGUGACCUGAAGCAGUACUUUGGAGCAAAUGACAGGUUUGAACCUCCUGCCUGCAAUAGAUCACCUCCAAAGACAAUUCUGGAAAAUCGAAUCGACCAAGCCAUUGAAUCAGGAGAUAUAGACGAAGCAGAGCAGUUGAGUGACACCCUGGCUGUUCGCGAGCUGGGUGUGAAAAUAGCCAAAGCUGUUGAUUGCCGCGAUUUUGUAAAAGCCAAACAAGAGGCUGAAACUUCCCAACAAGCUCGAAAGAAGAAGCAACUUGCUUGGGGAUUUGAGGCUAAGAAGAGGUGGGAGAUGAAGAGCAACAUGGGCUACAUGUGAUGGGAGCGCUGGGGUGUGGAGACUGGCGGUGUGUUGGCUGAAAUGCUGUUCUCUUCUGAAGCACUUGACCUGCGCUUGCACUCUUAACCCUCGGUCUCAAGGGAAUCAUCUGGAAGCACUUUACAACAACAUAAGAAUGUCUGUCCUCUUGCUUUUUUCAUAAACUGCGCAUUAGCUGGUUGUCAGUGACUUAGCCCUUGGUGUGUACAGUUGGCGGAGAUUGAAAGUGGAUUUUUUUGGGGGACAAUAAAUAACUUAUUUAACAAGCGCCGUUUUAACUAGUCUUCUGCUUUUGGUGAAACAAUCUUGUGAUGGGCGGGAUUAAAAUAAUGGUAAGCCCGUAAAAUCAUGGUAUUUGAAUGCUUGACUUGCAUCUGGAAGUCUGAGGGUUUGACUGUCAAUCAAAGCCACUCGGGUGGGUUUUGCUGUUUCUCAGUCAGAGAUGCAGACCUAGCGAGAAGAGACAGGAGGAGCUGGGGCUGAUUUCCCCACAAGAGAAAAGGCUGUGAGGAGACCUGAUUGAGGUUUUUAAAAUUGAGGGCUUUUGAUAGUAGCAAAAAGCAGAGAUUUGUUUUUAGUAGGUCGUGGGAGUCGAUAAUUAGAGAGCAUAGAUUAAAAAAAGAUGUGCGCAAAUGGCUUCCACGUUUUGCCCACAAAAUAAACAGUCACUCCACUUUGCAGCGUACCCUGUGAAGCACUUUGAGACGUCUCGAAGACGUGAUAAGUCGCUGUAUCAAAUGCAAGGGUGAUGAUUAUUAUUAAAGGGAGAGGGAGAGGUUUACGAAAGGAGCAAAGGAAGAGGUUAGGAGAUUUAUUUUUUAAGACAACUGUUUGUUAGGACAUGGAAUACCCCACCAAGAACGGUGAAUUUUCUCCCAAAACAGAAUCCAAAGAAAGUGAAUUUGAUAAAUGGCUGAAAAGGAGAAAUAAAAAGAGUAUCGGGGUGAGUGGGUUGGUGGGGGAGGGGAGGGGAACAAAGCGAGUGGAACUAAAUAGAUAUUUCGUUCAGAGAACCAGCACAGUGAUGAUGGGCUGAAUGACCUUCUGUACUGUAAAUUUCUGUAGUUGUGAGAGGCAGUCAGUCCAUCCUAAGGAGGGAGGAAACAUUUCUAUUGUAAACAAAAACAGAAGUCGCUGGGAACACUCAGCAGGUCAGGCAGCAUCUAUGGAGAGAGGAAACUGAGUCAACGUCCACGACCCUUCGUCAGAACUGGGGCAUGUUGGGAGGGAAAGGCUUUUAAAGGGCUAACAGAGAGUGGACAGGCAGGGCAAGGAAGGCAAAGGAGAAGAUGGGGAGAGGACAGGGGAUGAUUUGUAUUGUAAAGGUUGUUGUGUAAAAUAAAUCAAUCCUUUGUUCAAUAAAUGACAUAAAUAGA